AUGUUGCUUUCCAGAGUUCUUUCAUCUAUUACAAGAAAAUGGUUUCUAUUGCUUUGUUCUCUCAUGCUUGCUAAAGCUAUCAAAUGUGAUGAUCAACCUCCACCAGGCACUCCAGCAUCAGCAAGUUUGAUAUGCGUUAGUGACUGUGGAACAUGUCCUGUCAUAUGUUCACCACCACCAUCGCCAGUGAAUCCAAAGCCACCACCAUCUUCCCCACCUGGGCCUCUGCUGACACCGCCAACACCACCAGUGCACCACUACUCGCCUCCACAAAAUUAUUACUUUCAUGCACCACCACCCUCAUUGCUUCCAAAGCCAUUGCCUCCUGAAUCCUCGCCACCUCCACCUCCACCUCCACUUCCACUUCCACCUCCACCUCCACCACCAUCUUAUAUUUCAUGGGGUAAUGCAGCUCCUCCACCUCAUUUCAAUUAUUUUGGAGGCGGCGGGGGAAACGUUCCUUCUAUUCAGGUACCUCCUGGUGUGGGACAGCGCAACUACUCUUACCCUUACUACUACUUCUAUUCCUCGAAAUCAUCAUCUUUUGCUCUGCCCGGCUCAUCCCUUUCUGUUUUGUUGCUGUUACUUCACGCCUUGUACUAUACUUAG